UCUGAUAAAGUGAUGCAGAUCUGAAAAAUGUUUCCUUGCGUAUAUGAUGGAAUUUGAGACCUGCUGGCUUUUGAUUCUGGGUUUUGGUUCGAGGUGGCUUUCAUGGAAAAUAGACUAGUUAACUCUAAUGGAGUGGGAAUUUCGAAGAAAUCAAGGUCUUUAGAUCUUAAGACGCUCUAUAAGUCUAGCAUUUCCAAGGAUUCAGUGAAUAAGAGCUUUAAAAGAAAAAUUAGGUCUGGGGAUGAUGGUGAUCAGUUGAAGCAGGACAAGAAGAGCAGGAAAGUUGUUUCUUUAAGUAGCUUUAAGAAACUCGGUAGCGAGAACGAGAAAAUUCUGGAUAAGGCAUGCAAUGGCACCACCAGAUUGCACAAUUUGGAGGACUCCAAGGAGGUGGGUUUGGAUGAGAAAUUGUGUGACAGUAAUGGGCUUCAAGGGAUUUCAGUUGGCUUGGCAGGUAGUACGAUUUAUGUUCCUAGACGCAGGAGAGAUUUUGUUGGGAGGAGUAGGUUUGAGAAUGGCCUAGUACAGAAGUCUGCAGGGGAAUCUGAUAGUCAGGAGGAGGCGCUGGUUGAUAAUAUCCCUAAGGUAACUGCUGAAGAAUCUAGUGCUCAGGAUCAACUCUCUAAAGUUGAAGAGAAGGAAUCUGACAAAGAAAUCAAAGAAUCGAAUUCAGCAGCUCAGUUGCAGUUGGAAAAUGGGCAUUCUAAUCAGUCUCCAGUGAAAGAUGAUCAGCUGGUUGUUGUUAAACAAAGAAAUAGUAAUAGCAGAAAAAGGAAGUCCUCAGCAUCAAACAAGCGCUUGGGAAAAGAGGACAAGUCUUCAGGUGAUACUUCUGGUAGAAUUUCCAAGGUAUCACGAGAAGAUGAUGAGGAGAAUCUUGAAGCUAAUGCAGCAAGAAUGCUGUCUUCACGGUUUGAUCCAAAAUGCACCCAGUUUCCUUCAAAUUCUGUUACCCCUGGUUCACCAUCUGCCAGUAGAUUGCAUCCAUUAUCUUCGGUUAAGAAUUCAGUAAAUCCUCCGUCCGACUUGCAUAGUUCGAAAUGUGCCUCAGAUGACACUGAUGAUAGAAUGUUGCGACCAAGGAGACAGAAUGAUGAUGGGAAGGGUAAAGUUCGGAAAAGACGCCACUUUUAUGAAAUUUUGUUUUCAGAUGUGGAUUCACACUGGUUGUUAAACAAAAAGAUUAAAGUUUUCUGGCCUUUGGAUGAGAGUUGGUAUCAUGGGUUUGUGGAUGGUUUCGAUGGAGACAAGAACCUGCAUCAUGUAAAAUAUGAUGAUCGUGAUGAGGAGUGGAUCAACUUACAGGGUGAAAGAUUCAAAAUUUUGUUGUUCCCUACUGAAGUUCCUGGAAAAAACCAACGGAAAAGGCGCUGUUCAGUGUCCAAGUCUACUCAGAAAAUAAAAGGGAAUGAUACAUCCAGCAAAGACGAGGAGAAGCAGAAGGAAAAGCUAGAAGAUGAUAGCUGCAUGGAAUCAGAGCCAAUCAUCACAUGGUUGGCUCGGUCUAGGCAUCGGGACAAAUCUUCCACUGUUAAGGCUGUACAAAAACGGAAAAAAUCUGAAGUAAUGACAUCCAAUGAAACUGUGAAAAUGAAUGGGAAUGUUGUUAGAGACACUGUAGGACAGUUCACAGAUAGAUCUGCUAGUUCUCUUGCAUUAUGUGGAUUACCUGGACCAAGUGGAAAUGAGUUGGAAAGCUCUGGUUUUCGUAAUGGUAGCAUAUUUCCUAUUGUCUAUUGUAGGAGACGACUUCAUACAGCAAAAAAGGAAAUCUACAAGGGGUCAUAUGACAAUCAUGUUGAGGUUUUGAAGCAGUUUCAUAUAUCAAAAAGUCCGGAUCCUGAUGUAGAGUUUUUGCCUAUUGAUGAUUCUGGGGAUCUGGAGCUUUGUUGUCCGUGGAAUGACACAGAGCAAUUUGAGUUGUCCUUCAGCCUACAUGGUGUUUCCUUGAUGAGCUAUUUUCUUAUGGCGGAUGUUGACUGGCUUUCACGUGUUGCUCUUUUGCUUCGUCAUGGUACACUUGUGACUUUGUGGCCAAGGGUUUGUUUGGAAAUGGUUUUCCUGAAUAACCAAGAUGGGUUAAGGUAUCUAAUUUUUGAAGGCUCCUUAAUGGAAGUUGUUCAAUUGAUUUUCCGUAUCUUGAUGGUAGUAGAUCAUUCUAAUAAGCAAGGAGCACAAGGAGCGGAUGCUGACUUGCAGUUGCCAGUUUUCGCAAUUGGUCUCCAAGUUUCUUGCAUCCCAGGUUUCCAAAGGCAGCUUGCAUUUCAAUUCUACAGUUUCCAUGAAGUUAAACAUUCAAAGUGGUCAUACUUGGAACAGAAUGUCAGGAGGCAUUCUUUGCUAGUUAAGCAAGUAUCAAUUGCAGAGUGUACACACGAUAACAUGAAGGUCCUGCAGAAGGUUAUGCAGAAGAGAUCUAGGCAUGGAAUCAGGUCAGGCCUUGUAUCUAGAGGAUCGGAAAAUACGUCUCCAUUUGCACUUCCUUUUACUGCUCGGCCACCUACUCUGUUACUCAGUUUACACCUGAACAUGAUAAGGGAGCUGGGUCAUGAUUCAGCAGACUUCCUAGGAGCAGAACGCGAUUUGGUAACAGAUAGAGGUUGUGAUAUGGCAGAUUGCACAAAUGAACAUUCUGAAUCCUCUUUCAAGAGUAAGGGCCAGAGUGAUGAACCAAUUAUCACUUCUUCCAGAGCGCAAGAAGCGGAAGAGUCAAAAGAUCUUCAUACUUCGUCUCAAAGGCAGCAGCUGGGGUCUGAUUCUGAAAACUGGGUGUCAGUCAGUUCUUCUGUUGUCAGACAUAAGCAUGAAACCAGGUCUAAAGUUCCAGUGAAUGGGAUUAGUAUUCAAGUUCCAGUAUCUGAUCAUUGUGAGGAUGGUACUCCGCAGUCUAGUAAUCUGGCCUUGAAUAUUCAAGGUAACAUAUCAAGUCCAAAGGCCACUGCCCCUAGAAGUAUGUGGAGUCGAAGUAAAAGUUCUUUAAAUGGCCAUCUCUCACAUGGUUGGUCGGAUUCGAAGGGAGACUUUCUGCACACUAAUUUGGCAAAUGGACCUAAGAAGCGACGUACCCAAGUGUCUUAUUCAUUGCCUUCUGGAGGUUCUGAUUCUAGAAACAAAAGUUCUCUGCACAAGGGGCUUCCGAACAAAAGAAUUAGGAGGUCUACUACUGAUGUUUCCAGAGGUAUUCAGAAAGAUUUGGAGUCUAGUUUAUGUGAUGCCAAUAUAUUAGUCACUCUUGGUGACAGAGGCUGGAGAGAAUAUGGAGCUCAGAUUUUCUUGGAACCUUUUGAUAAUAAUGAAUGGAGACUUGCGGUGAAAAUCUCAGGGACAACAAAAUACUCACACAGGGCACAUCAGUUUCUGCAACCUGGGUCAGUGAAUAGGUUUACACAUGCUAUGAUGUGGAAAGGUGGAAAAGAUUGGACCCUGGAGUUCCCUGAUAGGGGACAGUGGUCCCUUUUUAAAGAGAUGCAUGAAGAGUGCUACAAUAGAAAUAGUCGGGCUGCUUUAGUUAGAAAUAUUCCUAUUCCUGGCAUCCGGAUGAUAGAAAGGGAAAAUUCUGAUGGAACAGAAACUGAAUAUAUUCGCAGUUCUUCUAAAUAUUUUCGGCAGACUGAAACUGAUGUUGAGAUGGCAUUAGAUCCUUCACGUGUUUUGUAUGACAUGGACAGCGAUGAUGAGCAGUGCCUUUUGAGAAUUCGUGAGUGUUCGGAUGCUGAGAAUAGUGGCUCUUGUGAGAUCACUGAGGACAUGUUUGAGAAGGCAAUGGACUUGUUUGAGAAGGCUUCGUAUGUAAAGCAGCGUGAUCACUUUACCUUAAUCGAAAUUCAAGAAUUGACGGCUGGAGUGGGAUCCUUGGAAGCAAUGGAAACAAUAUAUGAGCUUUGGAGAAUAAAGAGGCAGAGGAAGGGAAUGCCGUUAAUCAGGCAUCUUCAGCCACCUCUGUGGGAAAAAUAUCUAAAAGAGCUCAAAGACUGGGAGUUGGUUAUGAGCAAAGCAAACACUCCAAAUUCCUGUGGGUCACAGAAGAAACAGUCACCUAUUGAGAAGCCAGCAAUGUUUGCUUUCUGUUUUAAGCCUCGAGGUUUGGAAGUCAAACACAGGGGAACAAAACACAGGUCACAGAAGAAAAUCUCGGUUUAUGCUCAACAUAGUUCUACUUUGGGAGAUUAUGAUGUCUAUAAUUCAUCAGCAGGAAGAAGACCUGUUGGUUUUGCCUCUGGAGAUGAGAGGUUUUUAUAUUCAAAUCAAAGCUAUGAGAACGUGAAUGAAUAUCCUAUGCAUCCGGGAACAUAUUCCCCCCGUGACCUAGGCAUGGGAUAUUUCUCGAGCGGUGGAAAUGGAUAUCAUAGGAAUCACCAAAACAAGUUGCAAAGAGUCAAUGGGAAGAGGAAUACGAGUGAACGAUGGGAUGGAGGCUAUUCUGAAUGCCCCAGUUCCAAUCUUGUCUGUUACUCUAACGGAUCUCAGCGUCCUGAUCUGGAAGAAUUACAGAAUAGUACAGAUAUUGAUGAGUACAAAUUGCGAGAUGCAGCUGGUGCUGCAAGGCGAGCAUGCGCAUUGGCGAAGCUCAAGCGAGAAAGAGCAGAGAGUUUGAGGUACAAAGCAGAUCUAGCGAUCCAGAAAGCUGCAGCUGCUCUCAUGUGUGCAGAGGCAGUUAAAGCUUCUUCUGUGGACCUAAGCAACAAUGGGUUAGAAAGCUCAAGCGAAGGAUGAGUCGAUAGAUACCACUUUUGUUAGUCUGGGUUAUGUCACCUCCUGAGCAAAAGAAGAGAGAGAGGGAUUUGACGUGUCCUGUUCGUCACACGAGCUGGUCUUGACACGAAUUAAAGACGACGCAAAUGAGAUCCACUGUACAGAGAUUUGCCUCCCUCUGCUUUAAGUAAGCUAUAGUUUGAUGCAGCAAUAACACCGAAUCGGGACU